AUGGCCGCGGCGGGGUCGCAGCAGCUCGGCUUCGGGGUGGGCUCGGCGUUCCCCGCGGCCCCGCCCGGCCCCGCCGCCGCCCCGCCACCCCCGCGCGCUGGCCCCUGCGCGGGCUUCCCGGGCGGGGGCCCCGCGCCGCCCGCGCCGCCCGCCCCGUCGCAGCGCCGCAAGCGCACGUCGUUCAGCGCCGAGCAGUUGCAGACGCUGGAGCUCGUGUUCCGCCGGACCAUGUACCCCGACAUCCACCUGCGCGAGCGCCUGGCCGCCCUCACGCUGCUCCCCGAGUCCAGGAUCCAGGUCAUUCUCGGUUCCUGUUUGCAGGUGUGGUUCCAGAACCGACGCGCCAAGUCGCGGCGUCAGAGCGGGAAGCCGUGGCCACCCUCAGCCAGGCCGUCCCCGCCCCGCCCCGUACAGGGGAGCCAAGUGGAAUGUGUGGCGCCCCAGCUGCCAGGGACCUGCCUGCCCCAUCCCCCCAUGCCCAGAGAGGCCCUUUCUGACCCUGGCUGCCACGGUCGGGUCGGUGAAGCCUAUGGCCCCCUCUCCGACGACCCAGGUUCCAAGCUGGACUCCUGGGAGGAGCACAUCCUUUCGGCCUUUGGUAAUGCUUGAGGAGCACGGGCGACAGGCGGAUUCGGCUGAGUGCAAGGAGACGCACCUCACUCUCCUUAGAAACCUGGAGAAGCCUCCAGGGGCCACCAGGCGGGAAAGACCUCCCGGUUACCUUCCCAGACCAGCAGGCGACAUCUCCGGCCAGCAGGGCGGUCGUGCGGAUCGGAAGGUCACCCCCGCGCAGCUGCGGCCUUCUCCGUGCCAGCCCCGUCCGUGGGGCACCCCGCGAAGCCCUCUCUCUCUUCUCAACACUCGAGGCUCUCUCCCCUCAAGCCUGAACCUUCCCCUCAUGCUGAUUCUGUGCCUUUUCUUUCGGCCACUCCAACAUCGCCCACGACCACAAGCACUUGUGUACUUUGGUGCGACUCUAGCGGGUUAUUAAAUGCUUUCCACAAA